AAAGGUAGGAAUACCAAAACGGAAACCUAAAAUCAUUGAAACAAGAAAUUAACACGAGGCUUAGCCGCUUAGGGAAAGUUCGUUCCUGAACAUUAUGUAAGUUUUGUUAACCUUGUUUAACUGAUUAAGGUGAAGGAUUUUAAUUCCAUUUAAAAAAAAAGAUAAAAGCCAUAUUUUCCAACCGAGUCAACCAUUACUUUAUAUAGCGCGGCGCCAUGUUUGUUUUGUUUUGAAGCAAUCUCUGACUGCUGCUUGAGAACUGCUUUAAAUUGAUGUUUGUGAUGUUACUCUGAGUGUGCAUCCACACCGGGCAAGCUGAAAAGUUUGCUUGGCCACGGUGGGAAUCGAACCCGCGACCUUUGGGAUACUAGUUCAAUGCUCUGCCAACUGAGCUACGCUGUCAAGUCGGUUCGUCUCUCCAAUGAUUUAUCUAAAUUGGCUGAUGAUUGUAGAAAACUUCAUGUUAUAUUCAGUAUUAGGGACGUAAAAACACCUGUUCGCAGGCUAAAAACACAUGUUCGAAAGAUAGAGUUCCAAGCGGUGAGCGAGUGAGCAUUUGUGUAAAGUUUUAGAUUAAAUAUAUUAGUGAUCUUAAGCAAGUGACGUUUUUGACAACACGGACGUCAACCGGAAGUAAAGUUGACGUUUUUCACCAAUCACAGCCCUUGACCCAGUCUUCUGACAUUACUCAUGCCGUUCGUGUUGUCAAAAACGUCACUCGCUUAAGCUCACUAUUGUCAAAAUAUACGGUGAACGUGAGUAUUUAGGAGGCGUAUCGGUCCAAGUCCAUACGUUUUCGACACAGUGACGACCCACGGCAGGAUUGGAGAACUUUGCGAGUUUCUACGAAGCGAAUUUUAGUUGACAACGAACCCUAUCUAGUGCAUCGACGGCAAAGUGAAAGUGGACUUUUUACGACGAUAAUCGUGAGUUUUGACUGUAAAGCGAUAACAUUUACUUAGAAAUUGUGAUUUUCUUGUGUUGUGACUGUUUGUAUGUGGUUUUUACAAUCGAUAUUUGAGGAAAAAUUGACAUUGAAUUGUGCCUUUGGGUACGAUUUGAAAAAAAACAACAAGUAAUCAACAAUAAGUGUCAAUCGGGAACUGGAAACGAAAGUUGAACAGUAUUUCAUUUAAGGAAGUUAUUGUGAACCAUUACGUCAAUAUUGUGGAUUUUAUUGUGUUUGCUGAAUUUUUGUACAUUCGUUUGAACCGAAAUACAUACUACAAACAUGGAAAAACUUUUGGAAGAUCUCGAGGGUAAAUUAAAAGCACUAAAAUAUCGAAUGAGUAAAUCAGAUGACGUUAUUACUACACAGGACAAGGAAACGUUAGAGAGACAACGUUUAUCAGUAAGUGCUAUAUCGACAAUGGUAAACACAUUGAAGGAAACUAUCGAAGAGAAGAUGUUCUUACAAGGGAAACACGAAGAGGAAGUAAAGAUAUGGGCUGCAACACCUGAAACAAUGCUAACCGAAGCGGACCAAUGUGUUCGGAGAGAUAAGCCGUGUGGAGUUGGCUGCGAAAGAAGAGCUAACAUUGAAAGAAGAACAACAUAAAUUGGACUUUCAGAAACGCUUAACUGAACAGAAGUUAAGACAAGAGAAGGAAGCAGACGAAGAGAAACGGAAAUUAGACUGGGAGCACCAACAGAAACUUAAAGAAUUACAACCAACUUCACAACUAUCGAGUCAAUCAACUUCAAAAGUAUCUACUGCAGCAAAAAUGCCAAAGUUGAUUAUUUCAAAAUUCAUGGGGACGCCCCAAGAUUGGGUACGAUUUUGGGGGCUGUUUGAAUCCCAAAUUGACAAAUCAGCUGCAGAUGUGACCAAAUUUUCCUAUUUGAAGGAACUAGUAGUAGUAGACGUAAAGGUUCGAAAACUUAUCGAUGGACUACCAUUUACUGGUGAGGGGUAUGCUAGAGCUAGAGAUAUUUUGAAGAAACGAUAUGGACAGACGAGCGAGGUUGUAAGUGCUUAUGUCCGAGCCAUUCUGGAAUUGCCUACCAUCAAGGAGAGAGAUGUUUCCAAAAUUCACUCCUUUUACGAGACCCUGUUGUUUAAUGUUGAAUCGUUACAAACCCUCGAAAGCCUUGAGAAACUGGAUGCUGCUGUGAGAUUUACAUUCGAUAACCUAGAUGUGAUGGUAUGGUAUGGUAUGGUAUGGUGAAACUUUAUUUAAUGACGCUGGCCCCGACAGCAAUUAGCCGAUUUCCACGGGGGGCGUCAAAUAUUAACUAUUUACAGAAAAGAAAUAUUUACAUUGUAAAUGUUGCUGGUGUGACCACAAAUAUCAUUUAGCUAUCAUUACCUCUAAUGAUAUUCUUAAAUGGGCUAACAGAUUCCGCUACCUUUGCAUCAAACGGGAGGCUAUUCCACAAUUUGGCCCCACUAUAAUUGAAACUCUUUUUAAGGUACUCUCUUUUUGGUUUAGGAAGGGUUAAAUCUGUUAGACUAUUUCUAAGAUCGUAGUUAGUUUGGCGAGUGUUUCUCAAUAUUAGAAACUCCUUAAGGUUAGGGCCGAUGUAGCCAUUCAAGACUUUGUACAACAAUAUUGAUUUAGUUGUACACCGUCUUGUCUCUAGAUCGUCCCAGGCAAGGGAGCGAAGAACAUCAGCAGAUCGCGUUUCAAAACUUGCACCGGCUAUAAUUCUUGCAGCCCGAUUUUGGAAUCUCUGAAGUUUAUCUUUGAGUUAUUUGCUGCAAACUCCCCAAAAGGGAGAACAGUAAUCAAAAUUGGGCUGUAUUAACGCUUGGUAAAUUGUUUGUAAGGUGUUGGCAGGGACGAAAGGUUUAAUACGCUUCAUCAUUCCUAUACCUGCCGCGACCUUUUUACAAAUCACUUCAAUAUGUUCAUUCCAUUCAAGAGUUUCGUCCAGUUUCACUCCAAGACAGGUAAAUGACCUCUCACGAGGAACCAGCUGGUUAUUUAUAACUACGGGAAGAUCAUCAUUCAUAAUUUUGAGGUUAUGCCUCGAUCCUAUAUACAUUACUUUCGUUUUCGUUGGAUGGUGUUGUAAUUUAUUUCUAAUUAGCCAUUCUCUGAGUUUGUUCAUAUCAUGGUUUAUAUUUUCAGUAAGUUUUUCUAAGUCUUUCGCUGCCGAAAAAAUCUGAGUAUCAUCUGCAUACAAGCAAGGGGUGGGUUUAUCAAGACAAUCUGGCAGAUCGUUAAUGUACAGUAAGAACAGUAAGGGACCCAGAAUUGAUCCCUGCGGGACACCACAAACGAUCUUUUUGGGUGUAGAUAUAAUUCCAUUAACUAAACACACUUGUUCUCUGUUAGUUAAAUAGGAUGAGAACCAAUCUAGUUCAACAUUAGUUAUUCCAAAUUGCACUUUCAUUUCAACAUUAGGUAUUCCAAAUUGCACUUUCGUGAUCAAAUCAGAACUUGCAAUAACUAACGAGAAAUGGAGUGAGUAGACCUUUAUGGAAUUUGUACAUGCCCUAGAACUCUGGAAAAGAACAAUCCAAUUAAAGAAACACCUGGUUCAAAACAUCAUAAGGAGCGAGACAGAUCUUACUUCUCCAAGAAUAACGAUAAUAACAAUAAGGGCUGUUUAUACUGUUCAAGUCCAUCCGCUGUAACAAAGUUGUUGACCCUGGGGCGAGAAAGAAAAUUCUAGCCGGAAAACACUUGUGCUUUAAUUGUGCUAGCGGAAGACAUCGUGCUGCGGAGUGCAAAAGCAAGAAUAGAUGUCAGAUAUGUGAAGGUAAACAUCACACGUCGAUCUGCGAUAAGAGUCCUCCACCGCGGGAACCUGGUAUGACUGCGAAUUUCAUUGGUGCUUCCACUGUUGUACACCUCGUUGUAGUUGUUUGGAUAAAUGGCUACAAAUUCCGAGCGUUGUUGGACAGUGGCGCUGGUCAUUCAUACGCGUCUUCAACUGCUAUUCAGAUAAUUGGUGCCAAAUGCAAGUCGGCUGGUAUACGACAAAUUGCAAUGUUGACAGGAGUGACCACCCGAAAGAUGCAAGUUUACGAUGUCCAUAUAGAAUCCCUCAGCAAAAAUUUCGCCCUCGACGUGAGCAUAACAAAUAUAGAGAAAGAUGAGUUGCUUCGCCUAGAAAACCCCCAUUACAAAGAAAUCCUGAAGAGGCACCCUCAUCUGAAAGGUGUCUACAUGGACGAUUAUGAUGAGGACAUGCUGCCUGUUCAUAUCAUCCUUGGGGCAAAUGAUUACGCUAAGAUUCGUACUAAUUAAAAUCUAUGUGUUGGUCAGACAGGAGAACCAGUGGCUGAACAUACUCAUUUGGGAUGGUCUCUCAUGUCACCUGGUGAAGAUGGAAAGGAAACGUUUGGCUAUUUAGCUGUGAAUUCGAUCUCAGAUUAUGAUACCCCUCGACGUGCUGAGUUUGUCUGAUAAUGUAGGUGCUGAUGGUGAUGUAUUUGACGAAUUCAAAGAGCAGCUGACAAGAUCCAAGGACGGUUGGUACGAAACGUCACUUCCAUGGAAACCUGGUCAUCAACCCCUGUUAUCAAAUCGUGAUGGUAGUUUAUGUCGUCUCAAUUCUCUCUUACGGAAAUUAAAACGGACGGACAUGCUUCCAGAGUAUGAUGCUGUGAUCAGAGAGCAAAUCGAACAGGGAAUCGUAGAGAAAGCUCCAAGUGAAGUUACGGGUAAAGAAUUCUAUCCCCUCUUCGCGCCGUAGUCAGAGAAAAUGCGUAAAACCACGAAAACCCGAAUUGUUUAUGACGCAUCCGCCCGUCAACGUGAAGAUACGCCAUCAUUAAACGAUUGUCUACUUACCGGUCCCCCAUUACACAAUGAACUGUGGUCAGUGAUAGUUAGAAACCGAUUCCACCCUGUUGCUGUUGCAGGAGACGUGCAAAAAGCCUUUCUACAAAUUAGAGUCCGGGAAGCUGAGCGUGACGCGUUACGGUUCCAUUGGAUCAAAGAUUUACAUUCCACCAAAGUCGAAGUCCUCCUUUUUACUCGAGUUGUCUUUGGUUUAACUUGUCGCCGUUUCUAUUGAAUGGAGUCAUCGCGAGACAUUUUCAGUUGAUUGAGCCUCUUCUUCCCGAGACUGUAGCUGAAAUACGUAAGAGUUUGUACGUGGAUGAUUUAAUCUCUGGAGCAUCUACUACUGAUGAAGCAAUCGAGCUUAAACAAGACGCGAUCGACAUCUUCAAUGAUGCCAGCAUUACCGGAAAUGUGGGUCAAGAUGGUGGACAUGACAAAAAAUUACGCAACAAAAUGGCGUCCGAUAAUGCUAGGAUUAGUAUAGGCAUAUAAGAACUUUCUAAAAUAUCGCAUCAAUGAGCCGCAAAUCACGCUUACUUGGCAUCGUUUCACAUGCUAUGCUGAUUCAGGAAUCUAUUAAUUCUAACAACUAUUUCUAGAAUAAAAUACACUCACUUCCCGAGCUCAUUAUUGAUAUCACAUUCACCAGCAUAAUAACUCCUUAUAUUGCAUGUGAAUCUGACAAUACACGCCACAAACGUAGACUGGUGGACGGAAAUAUAUCCAGCGAAAUCUUCAGCUUGGCAUCGCAAUUGUUUCAAUAGCAUUCAAAGUUUAUAUAUUCGCCAGCAAAAGUAUCUAAAUUCCGCAGGAAACUACUUCCAAAUCCUCUAAACGUAGCCAUUUUAUUCAUCCAUACAUGCUACAAGAGGCCAUUUUUAUCAGCACAACUACGAUAAAAUUUUCAUACAUUGCGUUUCUUCUCCGCCGUAUUUGUUUUUAAAUUAAUUAUGCUCUUCUCAGUCUCCUACCCUGCCCAGCACGCAAAUUUAUGCACAUUUCUCAGCUAAAUACAUUUAUUAUACGUGCGUAAACGCGUCAAAUUUGUAAAUUUCUUCGAUCGUGCCACAAAUAGUGGUUCUGCUGUUGUAAAAAAUGUCAGACAAUCUUACAUUAGUUAAUCGCAGUAAAAUAAAAUGGAAUUUAGCCGUCAGCACGGAGUUUCCCCUUCAAUAUAUUAACAACACGAUUUGUCUUUGAAGAAUGAGCCGCCAUUUUGUUUGUAUUUUUUGAUGAAUCAUCAUUUAUGCGUAAAACCGCUGGAUACGAUUGCGGACGAAAAAUGUCCCACAUUUCUGGUAAUGGAUUACGAUUACAUAAGCGGCAUUCGAACGCCCCAGAACUUGAGUCGGACAUAAGUGACAGUUCGAUUACAUUUGCUAGGCAACAGUUGGGUGCCAAUCCAAAAGAAAACGAGUGCAAGCUAUUGGGCCUGAAGUGGAACAAGAUCGAAGAUACCCUACAAGUCGAUUUCCCUACCGUGCCUGCGGUGUUAACGAAGCGAGGUGUUUUGGCGUACUUAGCAAAAGUUUACGACCCUCUAGGUCUAACUUCACCUAUGAUGCUCGAGGGCAAGAUUAUAUAUCGUGAAAUAUGCGAAGAAAAGAUUCGAUGGAAUGGAUCUAUUCCUGAUGAGCUCAGCAAACGGUGGUUGAAAUAG